UCUUAAAUGGAGCUUGAAGUAAGUUCAGAGGCGAUCUUUGGCCUCAAAAGUCCAGAAACAGCCUGAUCUGGAUAUAACAAAUCCUUUGGGAUAUUUAUUACAUUGUCUAAAGUCCUUUUAGAAGAAAAGAGUGAUAGAAGAAAUCCUUAGUAAUUCCAAAGAAUCCAUUUUUUAUGAGAAGGAAGAUAGCUAUAGUGAUGAUUUUAACCAAUCUGAUGAGAACAAGAAGGCAGCUGAUCAAGAAGCCCUACCAGCAUCCAAAGAGAUUGCUUUCCAAUCUAUUCAAGAAGACACUGAGGUUCAGAUCCCUCCUGAUAUUUCCACACUAGUGAAAUUAUAUGUCCAAAAGCUAUUUGAGAUUUCGGAACAGAAACCAAACCCAGAUAUUUCUAGUUCAGCCACAUCCAAUCUGCAUUCGCAGAUCAAGGCUAAGCCAAUGAUCAACAUCACGAACCUCUCUAAUCAACCACCAGAGGGGAAAGAGAAAGAAGGUUAUAAUUAAAGCUAGUGACUCAAACAGCCGUACUAAGACAUCCCAAAUCUAUGACAAAGGUAUAAAACAGAAUGUUCAGAACUACAUCAGUACUCAAAAAGCUGAGGUCAAAAUCGAGGCAAAUGAGCAAGGAGAAUCCAUAUUCCACGAUAAAAUUACUAUUAAGCAGAAAUAAACGUAAAACAGGGAGCAUGAGACAUACCCGGACAGAGAUCAAAGAGAAGGAAGUCAAGCUGGAGGAUAUCUCCACUAAUAAGGAAAUUCCUUCCCAGAAGCAAGUCAAGAAUUCGGCUAAUACUUCUAAGAAGAAUAUGCAGCUUAAGCAGCAGAAUAUUAUCAAUAUUGAUACCAGCAACACGAAUAUAUUUGACGAUCAAUAUUCUCGAACCAGUAAGGCCAAGACUAAAAGAAAUUUAAAACUCAAAUUUGGGAAGAAGAAUAUCCGCAAGAUUAAACCUGGCAAGCUGUUCAAAUCAAAAGAUCCAAUCACUGUUUGAAGGAAUAACAUCCUUGAUUCUGUGAUUAAAGAGUUUUGCACAGAAAUUAUCAAAGAUCUCCCUAAGGAAAUAAAGAUCAGCCAUGGAAGACCGAAGCCACCUGGAACUACCACUAUGACUCCGAGUGGUGCUUCUAGAGAUAUUUCAGUAGAAAGAAACUUGUCAAUGCAAAGAAAGAGAUUUCAUAGAAGGAACUUUUCAAGACCAGAAGAUAGAACUUUGCCUGUUAUUGAUCAGAAGCCAAUGCGAUUCUCACCUCCGACAGAGCUCUUCUCAGACCCAAGGAUCCUUGAUGAAAAAUCCUUUCAGAGACUUAGACAGCAAGAAAGACAAAAGCAGGUCCAAAAGUUAAGAGAGAACAACAGAAAGGCAGGCGGCUUCUCUGCCUUUUCUCCUAUAAGAAGGCCAAGAAUUAAACAGAAUUACAAGCAAAUCAUCAAUUUCUUAUUCAGGAGCAAAACUACUAAGAAGGAUCAAGACCUGAUAUACAUUUACACUCAAAAACUUAAGCUCAUGCAGGCUAAAAUAUCAUAA